AUGCAACAACCAUCAAACUAUGCAAUAAGUAUCACUGUAGUUGUGAUUCUUCUUGCACUGUAUUUGGUAAGAAGUACUAUAGUGAACAAGAUUGAUGGUGACAAAACAUCAAUAUCUCUCUGUCAAGUACAUUUUCAAUUGGAUGAAUCCAAUGGAUUUGAUGAUGAAGCACUUCUUUCAGCAUUAGCUAUUCUUAAAAUGCAUGAUUUUCAAAUUGGUCAACCUGUAUGGAUACCAUCGAAUAUACUUCUUUAUCUAUGUGAACAUCGACUUAAAUCAGGUCUUAAACAAUCGAUAAUUGAUCAAGAAUUAAAAACUGUAAUUAAAACAUCAAAAAAUCUUGCUUGGUCAUGUGCUUGA